AUGUCCGGUUCAGCGAAUAUUGUUUGGUUGUCUACAAAGAACUUUGAAUUUCCAGUAAGGAUAUUGUUCCUAUACCACCACCGCGGCCUCAGCCUCCUUGGUCGUGUCGUCGUUCUUGUCCGCCUCCUUCGUUUCCUUUUCCAGCUCCGCCUUGGCCUUCUUCUUCAACUGGAUCGCGCCCUUGGCCAGCGCCUCUGCCGGCAUCGGCCGCAGGAUCGGCUGCACCACCCACCAUGGCCGCUUGCAGCGCCGGAUCGCUGCCGCCGACGAGUUGGGGUCGUCGACAAUUUCUGGCUCGACCUCGGUGUCUGCGCCGGCCUCGUACUCCGCUUCGAAUGCCUUGUCCUCACCCGCCAGCAGCGCCUGGCCAACACGCUUCUCGAGCAUGGCCAGAAUCCGCUCGUAGCCAGCCAUGUCAGCCUUGCGCGUGCGGGCAAGUCUGUCGCGGAUGUCGUGGUGCUUGCCGACGGCGUGGCGCAACAGGUGAAACAGGUGGGCCUGGACGGCGACAAAGUUGGGCGAGUUGAAGAUUUCCUUGGGGAUGGGUUGCGCGGGCGUGGCACUGCCAUUGCCAUUGCCAUUGGUGUGAUUGUCCUGCUUGCGCUUCUUUCGUGCCGGCUCGCCGUUUUCAGCCCCCUUGGGACCAGCGCCGUUCGUGUUGCUCUGCUCAGGCUCCUCCUCCUUCAGCCACUCGACGGGAUCGCCGACAAUGAACAGCGGCUUGCGAGCCGGCGGUGCAGCCUCGCCCAAACAAUAUACGUGCAGGAUGUCGAGGUAGCGCCGCAUGACGGCAUCAAUGCGCCAGCCACCGCGCCGACUGCCUGGACGGCUGCUGGUCCAGUAUUCGCGGCGCGGGUCGGGGCCGGCGCGGACGAUUCUGGCUCUGGUGCAGAUACGGAAGGGGGUGGUGGUGGCGAAAACAGCCCAGGGUUCGAUAAGAGACCCUCGGCACUCAUCACGCCGUCGAACCCUGUGGCAGCCAGGCAGCGCUCAACGUCGCCGUGCUCCAACACAUUGCCGUUGGCAAACAACACCGUCUCCUUGGGCAGGUUCUCCCGCAGAUACCGCAGCAUCGUCCAGUCGGCAAUGCCCGUCAUGUGGCCCUUUUGCUCGCGCCGCCGCCCGUGCACCGUCAGAAUGCUCGCGCCCGCCGCCAGCACCGUGCGCGCGUACUGCAGUGACGCCUCUGGUGUGUCCAGGAGCCGAAUCUUGGCCGUCACGGGCACAUCCAGGUUCUCAUGUAAGCUCUGGCUCUUCCUGCAGAAAAGCGCCGUAGUGGCCCUUACGAGCGAUGCCCUGUGGGCAGCCCAGGUUCAGGUCGACGGCAUCACAGUAGGGCGCUACGCGCCGAGCAGCGGACAGCAGGGCGUCGGCAUCGUUGGCACAAAAUUGGACAAAGAGGGGUCGGUCGAUGGCCGGGUUGCCAUCAAGAAAAGGGCGCAGGCCGUUGUCGGUGCCCACACCAGUGCCAUUGGCGCUGUCACCACCGUUUUGCUGUUCACCGGUCUCGUUCGGAGUGCUCGUUGCUUCGCCCCUUAA